CUAGCGUCGAAGCGCGUCCGCGUCCGUCUUCGUCACGCCUCCCAGAGCCUCAACGUCCGAGCUGCCACCAACAAAGUUCUGGUGUCUUGCCCCUCCGGUCAUCACCAACACCAGCCCGCCGCACCAGCCAGAAAGACCCUGGCUCCUCCUACGAAUUCUUUCCUUGCUGCGUCUGCGUCUGCGUCUCCUAUCUCACUACUCCGCCAUUUCCAGUUCAGCGCUAUUGCUGCUACUGCUGCUCACGACGUUACGCCCCGCGCCACUCAACGAUAUCUGUCGUCAUCCUCCCUCUGCAAGUCGCCGUCGGCAGCACAUCCCACGAGUCUGUAGAUCCGACGGCCUGCUCUACAACACCGGGUAUCCCCUAUACGAGCAUGUUACAGGCGUCUACAUAGUUUCCAUACGCCGAUCAACUGCCCGCGACGACAUCAUCCCGUGCGACUCCCCAUCCAGGGGUCAACCACAGCACAACACUUCAACUUCCCGCCGAUUCUCCCGCAUCACCUACGAGGGGACCAAACUAGGUCCCCCAACACAAGAUUAGCCCACCAUGGCAGGCGGAGGCAAUAUUAAGGUGGUGGUGAGAUGUAGACCCUUCAACAACAGAGAAAUCGAUAGAGGGGCAAAAUGUAUCAUCGAAAUGAAAGACAACCAGACCGUCCUGACCUCGGUUGACGGCAAGGCCAAGGACGGCGGCCCCAAGACCUUCGCCUUCGAUCGAUCAUACUGGUCCUUCAACAAAGACGAUCCCAGCUAUGCUGGACAAUCCAACCUAUUCGAAGACCUCGGAGGUCCUCUUCUUGAAAACGCUUUCCAGGGUUACAACAACUGUAUCUUCGCCUAUGGUCAAACCGGUUCCGGAAAGUCCUAUUCCAUGAUGGGUUAUGGCAAGGAGAUUGGUAUUAUCCCCAUGAUUUGCCAGGAUAUGUUCCGAAGAAUAGACGAGAUGCAAGCAGAUAAAACGACAAAGUGUACGGUCGAAGUGUCGUAUCUCGAAAUUUACAACGAACGAGUCCGCGAUUUGCUCAAUCCAUCCACAAAAGGCAACCUCAAGGUUCGCGAACAUCCCUCCACCGGACCCUACGUCGAAGACCUCGCCAAGCUCGUGGUUGGAAGCUUCCAAGAAAUCGAAAACCUCAUGGACGAAGGCAACAAGGCCCGUACAGUCGCCGCCACCAACAUGAACGAAACCUCGAGUCGAAGUCACGCCGUCUUCACCCUCAUGCUGACGCAAAAGAAGUAUGACGUCGAAACAAAGAUGGAGAUGGAAAAGGUCGCAAAGAUCAGUCUAGUCGAUUUGGCUGGUUCGGAGCGUGCAAAUUCUACUGGUGCCACCGGUGCUCGUUUAAAGGAAGGUGCUGAAAUCAAUAGAUCACUGUCUACGCUUGGUCGUGUCAUUGCCGCCCUCGCCGAUCUCUCGACGGGCAAGAAGAAGAAGGGCUCUGGACAGGUACCAUACCGUGACAGUGUGUUGACAUGGCUCCUUAAAGACUCGCUCGGUGGUAACAGUAUGACGGCAAUGAUUGCUGCCAUUAGUCCUGCCGAUAUCAAUUACGACGAAACCCUCAGUACCCUCCGAUACGCCGAUUCCGCCAAACGAAUCAAGAACCACGCCGUCAUCAACGAAGAUGCCAAUGCUCGCAUGAUCAGAGAGCUCAAGGAAGAGCUUGCGCUGCUCCGAAGCAAGCUCGGCGGUGCGCCAACUUCUGGCGGUGUUGGUAGCUAUCCCUCCGACGAACAAUACGAUCCGAACACACCGCUAGAAAAGCAAAUGGUCAGCAUCACCGGUCCUGAUGGUACCGUCAAAAAAGUUUCGAAAGCGGAAAUCGCCGAACAGCUUAGCCAGAGUGAAAAGCUCUUGACUGAUCUCAACCAAACAUGGGAACAGAAGCUGCAAAAGACGGAAGAAAUCCACAAAGAGAGAGAAGCCGCUUUGGAAGAACUGGGCAUCAGCAUCGAAAAGGGUUUUAUUGGUCUACACACGCCAAAGAAAAUGCCCCAUUUGGUCAACUUGUCAGAUGAUCCCUUAUUGGCAGAGUGCUUGGUGUACAACCUAAAACCGGGCACAACGAGCGUCGGCAACGUCGAUACCAACACAGACAACCAAGUCAAUAUUAGAUUAAAUGGCACAAGGAUCCUCCACGAUCACUGUACCUUUGAUAACUCCGCGGAUGGAACCGUCACCGUCAUUCCAAGCGAAGGAGCAUCUGUCAUGGUCAACGGUAAGCGAAUUAGCGAACCAACACAGCUCCACUCAGGAUACAGAGUUAUCUUGGGCGAUUUCCACAUCUUUAGAUUCAACCAUCCCAUGGAAGCGCGCGCAGAAAGGGCUGAGGUGGGCGGUAGUCUCUUGCGACAAUCUGUAACUGCAAGUCAACUUCAAGCCUGGGACAGAAAUUCUUCACCUAGCCCAAGUCCAGGCCCGCGCGGGCAUGAGCGAUCAUACAGCAAGUUUUCAGAUUACGGAGAUUCGCGCCCGGAUUCGCCAUCACCGCUCGGACGAGGUCGCGAUUCCGAUUGGUCCAUGGCUCGACGUGAAGCUGCUGGUGCUAUUCUUGGGUCUGACCAGAAUUUCACAAGUCUUACCGACGAGGAACUAAACUCUCUUUUCGAAGAAGUGCAAAAGGCACGAGCAGAACGUGUCAAUGGGCGCGAAGAUGGAGAAGAUUCGGAAUCGGUCACUUCGUACCAGCUACGAGAAAAAUACAUGUCGACAGGAACCCUGGACAACUUCUCGCUGGAUACAGCCCUCACUAUGCCGUCGACACCUAAGCAGGGCGAGACGGAUGAUAAGCUUCGCGAGGUGCGCGAAGAGCUGCAAAAUCAACUGGAUCGACAAAAGGAAGAAUACCAAGAUCAAUUAAAGAGCGCCGAAGCCGCUAACGUUGAAGUCGAAGAAAUUAAGAAAGAAAAGGCUAAGAUGGAGGCCGCUCUUGUCGAGCUUAAGGAGGAUAUGCAAAAGCAGCUCAACACACAGCGCAAGCAGUACGAAGAGAAGAUUGAGAAGAUGGAUCCCUUGAAGCGACCCAAGGCGAACCCCAAGUUGUCUGAAGAGGAAAUAGACAAGGCCAAGCACGUCUUCAAAGUAUGGCGAGGACGCCACUUUGUCAAGAUGGCCGAGACGGUUCUUCAAAAUGCUGCCAUCUUGAAGGAGGCUCAAAUCAUGAGCAAUGAAUUGGAUGAAAGCGUAGUCUUCCAGUUUACGGUUGUCGACGUUGGUCAUGUUCUUUGCUCUUCGUACGACAUGGUCCUCAAUGGCCUCACAAGCGAAGGCGAAGAUGCUGCGCUUGAAGAGGCGGCCAAGCCAUGCAUUGGCGUCAGAGUGGUUGACUAUAAGAACAGUGUGGUGCGCUUGUGGAGCUUGGAGAAAUUGCACGAUAGAGUACGGCAAAUGCGCCAAAUGCACCAGUACUUGGAUCAACCCGAAUAUGCUCAGCAUCUCAGCUUGGACAACCCUUUUGUUGAGACUUGCAUGCCAUCCUACACCCUGGUUGGAGAGGUCGACGUCCCCCUCAAGGCCGUGUUUGAAAGCAGGGUGCAAGACUUUUCGCUAGACGUACUAUCACCGUACACAUCCCACGCUAUUGGCAUUGCCAAGUUAUCGCUAGAGCCAUCGCAUGCUCGUGCACCGACAAAUACUCUCAAAUUCAACGUGGUCAUGCACGAGCUCAUUGGCUUUGCUGAGCGUGAAGGCACCGAUGUUCAUGCACAGCUCUUCAUCCCCGGCAUUUCAGAAGAAGAUGGUAUUACAACGACCCAGAUGAUCAAUGACUUUGAUGAGGGCCCUAUCCGAUUCGAAAGCGUCCACAGUAUGAGCGUGCCUCUCUUUGCGCCUCAGGAUGUGAAUCUAAGAGCGUCCAUCUUUGCCAAGGUGUCCACGAUGCAUCUCGAUAAACUCCUUAGCUGGGAUGAUAUGCGAGAUACCGGGCCUAUGCAGGAUGGAUCCAAGGGCGCCAGAAUCAAUGAGGCGCAGUUUUACACACAGGAAAAGCACGACUUGCUCUCCAGAUUACAAAUACUCGAACUGAACGAGAUUGGAGAGUAUGCUCCUGUGGAGGUCACACAGGCGAGUGAACUGGAUGCAGGAACCUUCCAGCUGCAUCAAGGCUUACAGCGCCGUAUCGCUAUCAACAUUGCACACAGCUCUGGUGAUGCCUUGCCUUGGGGAGAAAUCACAUCUGUCCGCGUUGGCAAGGUGCGGCUAGUAGAUUCAAGUGGCAAGACACCCGAUAUGGGAGCCCAUGAAUCAGAAAUUGCUCUCAAGCUUACCUCAAAUCCGGUGUACCGCCAAAACCCUAACGGUACGCGCAGCAUCACCGUCUUUGCGCAAUGGGACUCGAGCUUGCACAACUCGCUCCUGCUCGACAGAGUUACAGCUGAGAAGUACAAGGUCCAGAUGUCUGUGUCUUGGGAGAUUAGCUCUGAGAAGUUUUCUGAACCGAUGAAAUUCUCACAGAAAGUCUGCGUCCAGGUCUUGUCGCGCAGCUUCGUUCGCCAGACAUCCAUGUUUACAUCGCUCUUCCAAAACAUCCGCUUCAUCCGCUCCUCCACAGCCAUCUUCACACUGACAAUGCGCCCUGCUCCCAUCAAGCGAGUUGGGGACUUGUGGAGAGUCAAUAGCUUACACGACUAUGUCAAGGGAGAAGAGAACUUGUCAAGCUGGACACCGCGUGGCGUUUCUCUUGUUAGUGACUACAUCAUUUCACGAAACAAGAGGAAACGAAUGACAGAGAUGAGCGAUAUCCAAGCCGUUCUCCAUUCUCUCGGCAUAGAUGAAAGCCAGAUAGCUGCCAAAAAGGACGAAGAGCCAGAGUCGGAGCCGGAGUUUCAGAAGCCCAUCUUACCAGAUGAUGACGACCUCCUUCAUGACACACCUGACGUUUCCCAAACGCCAUCCUUGGAAGAGGAGGACGCUGAGGGCGAGAGCGGCCUGCUUGAAGAAGGAGAGGCUACCAUUAAGAUCAGCGACUUGCAGAUUACAGAGCCUGAACCCGAAUACAACGAGGACCAACUGGCCCUCCUCGCGAAAUGCGUUAAACUGUGGAACAGUUAUCCGGAUCCUCUCGCAAGCAUUCUCAGCCCAUCCAACACGGCGCCACCAAGUAACGGUGUUGCGUCAGAAGCCCCAGCUCCGCCUAGUCUCAUUACGACCAUUGUGCGUGUACCCAAGAACCCCAAGGUCCUCAAAGGUGGCUACCUGCUGGUACCGAACAGCGAAUCAACACGCUGGGUCAAGCGAUUUGUGGAACUACGCCGGCCGUACUUGCACAUUCACUCUGCCUCCGACGGCGACGAAGUCGCACUGGUGAGCCUGCGAAACUCGCGAGUGGACAGCCAGCCCGGCGUACUGGGAUUGCUGCAUGGCCCCGACGACUACGACAGCACAGGGUCCAACGGCACACCCGACUUCACCCCCGGUCACCGCCGGACAGCGUCUGGUCGCGUCAUCUCGACGAUUUGGACCGGCAGCGGCGGCCAGGGAGGCAGUGGGCAAGGCGGCCUGCAGCGCCUGAGCGAGCGCAUGCAGGCGGCGGUGUUUGCCAUCUACGGCACCGACAAUACGUGGCUCUUCGCCGCUAGGAGCGAGCGUGACAAGAUGGACUGGAUCUUGCGCAUCGACCAAACAUUCAUGGAGGCAGGUGACAGCAAUGCUGGGAGCGGCCGCGCGAGCCCGCCAUCCGGCAGCGAGUUCUGAGCACGUACACCAACCAACCAACCUGGCAUGGUACAAGCUCUCACCACCACACAAACACUCUCCUUCCCUCUCCCCCCUUUUUCUCUAAACCUCUUCUCUGUCUCUUUUUUUUCUUUUAUAAUAUUUUUUUGGGUAACACGCCCCUCCCCCUUCCCGCCGAAUUGGGCUGCGGCCGCGGCGUUGCCCCUGGAUAGAAGUAUUUUAUUUAAUGACCUGCGGUGGGAUUUUCGGACACGGUCCGCGGCAAAAGGCCAGCCAGCCAGCUGGGGGCAAAGUGUGCUUUGGAAACCGGAGGGACCUGACGAUAUUCUUGAUGUGUUUUGUAUUAUUUCGCAUUGGUAUUAGACGUAUAGUUAGAUUAUAUACCCCCCAGACCCUUUUUUUGUCUUUUUUUAUUUGUCU